AUGGUUGUCCCGGGCUUUCAGAGAGGAUAUAUACGAAAUCAACCGGCAAGCUGGGCAGCUCUGGGAAAUUUCAUGCAAGUGUCACCACACCUGUUUCAGCAAGUCGGUCUACAUCAGGGCAUCACCCGCAUGUAUGUUGAGCGAGACGACCUAGAAGCGUCCAUCAAGCUUAAUACUGGUCUUGGUACAAUGUUGGAGACUUGUGAGCUUCAAGAGUUCUUGAAGGUACACCCCACCUUUGGCUCGGCCGCAGCAACAGAUCAGCUGGCGGGAGGUUUUACCAUUGCCGGCUUCACUCUGAACGUACAUAAGUUCGUUGCGAAACUCAUUGAUGAUAUAAGGGCCAAAGGUGCCGAGUUCCACUGGAACCACCCUAUCAGUAAUAUAAGACGCGAUACUCUCGGACGUGUACUAGGGCUUGAAUCACGUGAAGGCAAACUGCUCGAAGCGGAUCAUUAUGUCGUGAGCCCUGGAGUGUUGGGGAACAAGCUUCUUGAGGGUACAGUUUCUGGAAGUGUGAUCCAAGGCGUUCUUAGUGUAUGGCUACAAAUCCCUAAUCUUGAGCCAAAAUUGAGCAGCUCGAUCAAGCUCCAUCAACGCGGGCAUGUCGUGGAAGACAUCAAUAUCACAGUGGCGACAGACCCUCACACAGGAGAAGAUAUACUUGUCUUCGGUGGUGGAUACGGAUUUGUAGGACUUGAUAGGCCUGCAGCCGACAAACCUGAACUCCAGCUCCUUUUCAGUGAGUUGGAGACCGUGGCUCGAACAUAUUUUCCACAGGGAUACGAUUUGGCCAAACAGAAUGACUCUCUCUGGACUGGAGGCAAACAAAAAUUUUGCAUUCGUCCCUUCACGCCUACAGGACUGGGAGUGUUCGAGACCGUCCCAACCAUCUCUGGCGGAAGAUUCAUCAUCACUGGUGGUAAUAACACAGGCGGGUUUUUUCAUCAUGAUGUAACAUUAUGA